AUGUCUAUGGAUGAUGCUAGGUCUUAUGCGAUGUAUGCUGAUGUUGACUAUAGUGCUGCUGGAUCUGUUUACUUGCCUGUACCUAGCGUAGGAUCUUUGCCUGUUGCUAGAGUAGGUGCUGGUGUAGGAUCCUGUCUAGCUACUAGUACAGGUGCUCCCUCGGCGGACGCGUCGCUCUCCUUCACACUGGACUCCGGAGCGACGCAGUGCUUCUUCCGCGACAGCACGACUCUUACUCCACUCUCGGCGCCGGUUUCUGUAGCACUGGCUGAUCCCUCUUCGGGACCGGUCAUUGCGACUCACGCCACUACCCUUUCGUGCCCAGCUGCCCCUUCCGGUUCUCUGACCGGCCUCCACGUUCCUACUUUCUCUAGGAACCUGGUUGGUGUGGCUCCUCUGGCGAGACAGCACGUCGGGGUCUGGUUUGAGCCUUCUGGUGACACUGCAGUCUGUGUGGACGGUGACACGUACGCCCCUCUGGCCACUUUUCGUCAGGAGCCGGGCUCUGGUCUGUACACCCUCCACACCGACACCCGUCCGGUUCCCCCGUCCCACCAGGUAGCCAGGUCCAGUCAGGUAGCUGUGCCAGGUCUAGUGGCUGCGUCGUGCUCGUGUCGGUCGCUGUCCCACCCUGUCCUCCUCUGGCACCACCGCCUUGGUCACCCGUCCCUCUCUCGUCUCCGCGCUAUGUCCAGUCAGCGUCUUGUCUUAGGCCUCCCCCGCGACCUCCCGCCGCUCCCGCCGUCCCCCGCUCCUCCGUGCGGUCCUUGUGUCCAGGGUCGGCUGCGCGCCACUCCUCACUCCUCCUCCCUUCGUCCAGCCUCCGAGCCCUUUGAGACACUCCACUUAGACGUCUGGGGCCCCGCUUCCCGGCUUGGACCUGAGCGAGAGAGCUUCUUUCUAGUGGUCGCUGACGACUCUUCUCGGUACACCACCGUGUUCCCUUUGGCGAAGAAGUCCGACGUGACUUCUACGCUGAUCCGGUGGCUGCUCGCCACCGAGAGUACUCGUCGUCGUCGUGUCAGUUGUCUCCACUCCGACCGUGGGGGUGAGUUUUGCUCCGGCAUUCUCGCCAGAUUCUGUGCUGAGCAGGGCAUCACCCAGUCCUGGACUCUUCCAGACUCUCCACAGCAGAAUGGGGUUGCUGAGCGCCGGCUAGGCCUGGUCAUGGAGAUUGCCCACACCACCAUGAUCCACGCCCGCGCGCCCCAUUUUCUGUGGCCCUACGCGGCUCGGUACGCCGCUCACCAGCUGAACCUCUGGCCUCGCGUCUCUCGGCCAGAGGCUUCACCGACCAGUCUUUGGACAGGGUCCCCUGGUGUUGCGUCGAGGUUUAGUGUCUGGGGCUGCUUGGCGCUUGUCCGCGACACCUCUGCGGACAAGCUCUCACCUCGCGGCGUCCCCUGUGUCUUCCUUGGUUUCCUUGAAGCCUCCUCUGACUUCACCUUUUACCACCCUCCCUCCCACCGGUUCUUUGACUCUCGUGACGUCAGUUUCGACGAGUCCGUCCCCUACUACGUCCGGUACCCCUGUCGAGGUCUCCCGGUUCCCCCCCCUCCCCACUUCCUCGCCCCAGCUCCUCCUCCUCCCGCUCCCUCUCCUCCGGUACCCCCCCCGGUUCCCGCUCCGUCAGGUGUGUCACAGGCUACCCCCCCUCCCUCGGUACCCCCCCAGGUCUCUCCUCCUUCCCCACAGUCGUCCUCACAGCCUCCGCAGCAGCCGUCGGCGCUUCCUCUCCCGGCCACUGCGGACUCUGAGGGUGUUGGUGCUCGAGGUGAGGGCUCUGGCGGUGCCGGUUCUGGGGGUGUUGGAGUUGGAGCUGAGCGUGCACCUGCCGCAGCUGCACGUCCCGAGCGUGUUGGAGUCGGUGGUGGUGCUGGAGCUGGUGGUGUUUCUGGAGCUGGAGAGUCUGGGGCUGGUGCUGGUGCCACUGGCGGCGCCACGACUGGGGGUGCGGGUACACCUCCUACAGGUACUGGUCGUGCUGCCGCAGGGGGUCCUCGCUCUGGGGGUGCUCAGCCGGGUCCUGUCGAGGGUGGAGCCGGUUCUUCUUCGUCGUCUCCUGACACCACUCCUCCUCCUCACCCCUACCCGACUCGUUACCAGGCCCUUCUUCGUCUAGAGCGUGAGGAGCAGCAGCGUUUGGAGCGUGAGAGGUCGGAGUCUCCUCCGUCCCCCCCUCCUCUCGCCCACACUUGGGCCUCUCACCCUCCUCGUGCUCGUCCCUCGUCCCCUGUCACUGACCUCCGUACCGUGUUGUUUCGUCCUAGUCCUCCUCGUUCUCCUCCGUCUGUCCUUCCUCGUCCUCCUGAGUCUUCCCUCACUGCCUCCCUGUCCACUCCGGUCACUGACUACUACCGCACGUACCGCCCCACUCUCUCUCGUGUUCUCGCCUCUCUUGUUACAGACCCUCGUGCCUCUCCUUCCUCCGUCGCGGUCCUCACUGCCGCUGUCACUGACUUUACUGCUACGCGUCGCCUUGACUACGCCACUCGAGGUUUGGCCGCUCCUCCUGUCCGUCCUCUGUCCGCCGGGGGUGUGUCUGCCCUUGGCUGUGACGUCCUAGAGGACAGACAGUUUGAGCUAGAGUUCCUGGCAGCUGCUUCGCCUCAUCUCUGUGCCAUGCUGCUCACUCCUGAGGGAGACCCCGACGCUCCUGACAUACCUACUCCUCGCACUUACGCUGAGGCAGUGUCAGGGCCUUGGGCCUCUCAGUGGAGAGCUGCCAUGGACGCAGAGAUGGCCUCCUACAGGUCCACAGGCACUUACGUUGACGAGGUUCCCCCCCCAGGGGCGAACAUUGUUGACGGCAUGUGGAUCUUCAAGGUGAAGCGGCCGCCGGGAUCUCCCCCAGUCUUCAAGGCACGCUACGUGGCUAGAGGGUUCAGUCAGCGCGAGGGGGUUGACUUCUUUCAGACCUUCGCGCCCACCCCGAAGAUGACCACUCUUUGGGUGUUACUGCACGUAGCAGCGCAGAGAGACUACGAGCUACACUCUCUUGACUUCUCCACUGCCUUCCUCCAGGGCCGCCUACACGAGGAGAUCUGGCUGCGUCGUCCUCCGGGCUUCACUGGCACUUUCCCGCCUGGGACCCAGUGGAGCCUCAGACGACCGGUCUACAGUCUCCGCCAGGCACCCCGUGAGUGGCACGACACUCUCCGCUCUACUCUCUCCGACCUCGGGUUUGAGCCGUCUUCCGCCGACCCGUCGCUGUUUGUUCGUCGUGGCCGUACACCUUUCUUCGUUCUGGUCUACGUUGACGACUUGGUUUUUGCCACAGCCGACACAGCUGCACUGGCGGAGGUGAAGUCCGAACUGCAGAAGAGACACACCUGCACUGACCUUGGGGAACUGCGCCGCUACCUUGGCCUGCAGAUCUCCAGGGACAGAGCCGCUCGCACCAUCACUCUGACUCAGUCACACAUGGUGCAGCAGGUCCUUCAGCGGUUCGGGCUUCAGGACUCUUCUCCUGCACCCACCCCUCUUGCUGUAGACCACAGACUCACUGGGCCUUUUCCUGACGAGCCGUUCGAGCCCAGUGGUCCCUACGCAGAGCUGGUGGGCUGCCUCAUGUACCUGAUGACGUGCACUCGCCCGGACCUCGCCUUCCCUCUUAGCAUCCUGUCUCGCUUUGUUGCGACUGGGAGACACCGUCCUGUUCACUGGGCGGCGGCUAAGAGGGUGGCGAAGUACCUUGGCGCGACAUCAGGCAUGGGGCUUGUACUUGGAGGGACACAGCCAGUUGUACUCACCGGUCACUGCGACUCCUCCUACGCCGACGACGUUGAGACUCAGAGGUCUACGCAGGGUUACUGUUUCAGCCUGGGUUCUGGAGCUGUUUCGUGGAGGUCUACUCGGUCCUCCUCUGUUGCGACUUCUACCGCAGAGGCCGAGAUCUACGCUGGGGCCCUUGCUGCUCAGGAGCUACGCUGGUUGACCUUUUUGCUCACUGACCUUGGUGAGCGGCCGAGCUCUGCACCGACCCUGUUUGCUGACAACAGGGCGAUGAUUCUCCUACGUCGUGAGCCUCGACUGGAGAGCAGAGUGAAGCACAUCGACGUCAGGUACUUCCUCCUUCGAGAGUUGCAGAGACGCGGGCAGGCUCGUCUGGACUUUGUGGCCUCCGAGGCCAACACUGCAGACAUCUUCACCAAGGCCCUCCAGCCUUGUGACCACCGCCGGUAA